AUGUCCAUUUUAGCCAUGCGUUUUCGUAACAUACAAUUGAUAAUAUAUGUGGAGAUUUUAAAACAUUAUGUAUUGAGCUUAAAUCAUAAACUUAAUCAAGUGGUUUGUUUAAAAACGGAAAAUUCUAAACAGUUGUUAGAUAUUGACUACAAGUAUUUGCAAUCUUUGGAAAUUAUAAAAAAUAUUAAACAUGUUUAUGCCUGCAUAUAUGAGGCUUCAACUUUGAUGAAUGAAUUUGCUCAGGCUUCACUGUUUGCUGCAAGUGCUUCGAAUUUCUUAGAUUUUACUUGCCACAUCUACUGGACUCUAUUGACUAUGGACAAUCUAUUGGGCGUAUAUAAUAUUAUAUCAUCGAUGGCUACAAUGUUUACAUUGAAAUUUUGUCAUAGUUGUCAAGUGAUCAAAGAGGAGGGCCAGCGCACUUCUUUACUUUUAUCCCGUUUGAUUUCGUGUGGUGUUUGUCCUUUGGUGAAUAAAAAGUAUAAGAAUUUGCUACAUGAUUUCUCUUUGCAACUGAUGCAUCAACGUAUAGUAUUUACCGGUAAACGUUUCUUUAAUUUUGAUUUACAAUAUAUAUUUGCGAUUUGUGCCUUAAUUGCUACACAUUUAAUAAUACUCAUACAAUUUACUAAGAUUGACUCUAAUCAUUAUGUCAAUAGAACAAUUGGGGAUUAA